UCACAUCCUCAGCUUUAUAUCCAAGUUUACACUUUGAGAGAAUAGAUCUUUUUAAAAAUAUUUUCCAGAGCUGUUUGGACGAUUUUCUUGGAGAAAUGCAUUUCUCUGCAUCUGAGAAGCAGCUCCUCUCCAUCUGAGCCUGUCAUUGGCAUGGUUAUGAUCAUUCAUUACGCUUUAAACAGAAAGCCUUUUUUACUUUUUGCCCAACAGAAUCAAACUGGUGUCUAUUUGUGUAUUUUGUUGGGGGUUUUUUCGCGGGCAACCCACAAAGGAGUAAAGUUUAACCUCUGGAGCCAGAUUACAGAAAAUUGUGCUGAACAUGCGUCUGGUUCUGGUUCUGGUCGGAUUAUUUCUGCUCACUUCUCCAUCAGCAAGAGCGGAGCCGGAGCUGCCGGUGGAGGAAGAGGAGGAGGAGGAGGAGAGCUCCUGUCACGGCGCCUUUGACCUUUACUUUGUGCUCGAUAAGUCUGGCAGUGUCAUCGGCCAUUGGGAUGAAAUCUUUGAAUUUGUGAAGAAUUUAGCAGAGAAGUUUAAAAGUCCCAUGCUGAGGAUGUCCUUCAUCACGUUUAGCUCCAGAUCAUUCACCAUACUGAAACUGACAGAAAACAGGGGGAAAAUCCUACGAGGCCUGAAUGCUCUGAGGAAAGAGAAACCUGGUGGGGACACUUUCAUGCACCUGGGGCUGGAGAGUGCAAAUGAACAAAUACGCAAGGAAAACUUUGGCACGGCGAGUGUGAUCAUCGCUCUGACAGAUGGAGACCUGCAAACACAGCCGCUCAUCGAUGCACAGCAGCAGGCAGAGGAAGCCAGACGUCUAGGAGCCAUUGUGUACUGUGUUGGUGUCAAAGACUUUAAUGAAACACAGCUGGCCACCAUUGCUGACACCAUAGAGCAUGUGUUUCCUGUGCUGGGAGGGUUCCAUGCCCUUAGGGGUGUCAUCGACUCGAUUAUCAAGAAAUCCUGUAUUGAAAUUUUGGCAGCAGAACCUUCGAGCGUGUGUGCAGGAGAGACAUUUCAAGUUGUGGUGCGAGGAAACGGAUUUCUCCACGCAAGAAACAUCGACCAGGUGCUCUGCAGCUUCAAGAUCAACGAUACCGUCACAGUUAAUGAAAAGCCUGCUGGUGUAGAAGACACAUUCUUACUGUGUCCGGCUCCUGUCAUCGAUGAGGUUGGAAAGGUGAUUUUUCUCCAAGUAAGCAUGAAUGAUGGUGUUUCCUUCAUCGGGAGCAACGUCCACAUCACUACCACGGAGUGUUUUGACGGCACCAUACUCCUGAUAACGUUGCUGGUGUUGUUCCUCCUGCUGGCCCUCCUUUUUAUGUGGUGGUUCUGGCCUCUGUGCUGCACCGUGGUGAUCAAGGAGCCGCCUCCCCCUCCUCCUCCUGAGCCUGAGUCUGAUGAUGACGACGGCCUGCCGAAGAAGAAGUGGCCCACUGUGGAUGCCUCGUAUUAUGGAGGAAGAGGAGUUGGUGGAAUCAAGAGGAUGGAGGUGCGAUGGGGCGGCAAGGGCUCCACCGAGGAGGGGGCGAAGCUGGAGAAGCCGAAGAACGCAGUGGUGAAGAUGCCGGAGCAGGAGUACGAACCAUACGAGCCCAAACCUAAGAAGGCUCAGAACAAGAAGCCGCCUCAGAACCGGAAGUGGUACACACCUAUCCGGGGUAAACUGGAUGCCAUCUUGGCUCUGUUUCGCCGUGGAUAUGACCAGGUGUCCCUGAUGAGACCCCAACCUGGUGAUCAUGGUCGAUGUAUCAACUUUACAAGAGUAAAAGAUGACUCUGCAACCAAGGCUCCGCCCCGUUCCCCGAUCCAUGUGCCCUCACCGCCUCCCCCCGACUACCAUCCCAUUACCCGCCCCACCUCACCAUCUCCAACCAGCCCACCCACCAGACCAGCACCAUCAGGCCAGGUGCCUCCAGGACCACCGCCAUCCCGCACGCCACCAGGUCCACCCUGUCCUCCACCGGCCCGCCCUCCACCCGCCCUUCAACCCUGAAACAUGUGGACAGACCUCCUCCACCCCCCCAAUCCUGUCCACCCUGAUAUCACAUUGAUAUUGCUACCCUGAGCGUGUGUUUUAUCUUGAAGCCGCAGGUCCUGCUGCCAAAUAUGCUCCUGCCUCAUAGCAAAGAAUAGAUGCAUGCCGAACCUCAGACACGUGUGCUCCUGCUGUUGGAUGGGAUAGAGUCUCAAGUUGAGCUCUAAGCUCACAAUCUUAGUCAUGUGACAUGUUCUUCCAUCUCACCUGAUUAAAUCCCUAACUACAGAUGAGGAACAUGUUUGGAUUGAAUGGUUUUUGUAAAUGUUUAAAGCUAAAGCAAAGUUUAACUUGACAUUCUAUCUCACGUAGAUCACAUAUUACCAUUUAUCAGAUCUUGAAGGAUUGUUGCUGGACAGCAAGGCAGAGACACAAAGGGAUGUCCACUGAAGAGCAUCUAAAGAUAUUUACAUUUAUUUCUUUCUUUAUCAACUACUGAAUUAUGUGGUUGCAGGUUAUUUUUGCCCCAUUCUUAUUGUGAAUCUUUGCAGUUUUGGUCAAAUGUCACAAGAAGCUUCGCACUGACCAAGCAGUGCAGCUUAAUGAGAGAGGGAAUAGAAAUAUACAGUUAGGUAUAGAAAUCUAUAACUGAAGGUCAAAUGAAGGUCAUUUUAAAACAAAGUGAGAACUUAAACAAUAGUUUAGAUUCAUCACUGUUUACCAAGUUGUUUAUGGGUGCAAAAGGGAAACAGACAACAUGGUAGCAAGACGGUAAAACAUAGGGGAAGUUAGAACAUCUCUAUAAGGCAGUGUAUUUUUAUGGGUUUAUUUCACAUUGCCGUUUGGUAAACAGAAGGUUUUUUCUAUAUGCGAGUUCUCCUCAUUAAUUGCUACUAAAAUCAGCACAUUUUAUGAGGUAAGAUAAAAAUGUAUAUAGGUGUCUGAAUUUGAAAUUGUUAGUCACUAAACAUGGAUAGAUUUAAUAUUCGUAUUUGUUUCUUGUGUCAGCUCAUACAUACACGUGGCAUCAGAUGUUUCAUCUGUGAAAAUCCAAGUUUUGAAGUUACAAAUACAUGUUUCAAAGUUACAACUUAGAAAAAAAAAACUAUGACUAAGAAUAACAAAUUUCAUGAGUAUGAAUCUACAAACCCAGACUAAGCUGUAAAACUCCUCACCAGUUGGUGGCAGUAUAACACCUGCAGGUUGUUCGCCAAUGAUUAUGACAAGAAGAAGAUGAAAAGAUAAAAAAAUGUCCGCCCUAACCCCUAAAUCCCUCCAUUAAUAUAUAGAGCAGGUAUUAUAUAGUGGAAUAAUAUAGUGGACAGAAGAUCUCUACUUUUCACUCCCCGUUGGUCACGUAACUCCACCUCCCUGCCACCACAACAACUCCCAUGAUGCUUUGCGAGGAGAGCUCUCGCAAAGCGAUCUGGGAUGUUUCUGAUCAUCUAGUAACCAUGGGUGAUCACUACUUUUCAAGGUGAAUUGUGGGAAAUUCUAAGUCCACUACUUUUUCAUCCACUAGACAUUCGGACACUCACCUAAAAUGGCGUGACCGCCAAUGGGGAUGUUUGGACACAGUCUACGGCUGUUUGUCAAUUCACAAGAAUGCAAGUACAGGCCUGUGUCCUCGCCAAGUGUAUUCUUGAGCAGAACACAGGAAAGUCUGGUUUAGGGAGAACGGUAGCACGCAGCAUAAAUAUGGGUCAAUUGGAACAGAAGUUUACUGAUGACAUCACCACACGCUGGUGUGGUGAUGUCAUCUGGGGCUGCAUUUCACCUCCUGUUAGUAUUGGUCUCUAGAUAAUAAUGAAUUGACUUUUUUCAUGUAGUGGGGGAAGAAUAAUAAACAUAGUCAGAUUAACGCAAAUCAAAUGAACAUUUUGCCAAAUAAAACAAAAAACUCUCCAUCAGAGCGAGCGAUACUUCACACAUGGCUAUGCAGAAGGAGGGCCGCUGCAGACGGGCUAACAUUAGCC